AUGCCCGCGUGCAUAAAGAUCGAAAACAACGGCUCGGUUGUCGCAGUUAUACCUGCCUUUGAACUUACAAGAAACUUGGAAGAACUCAGAAAUAAAAUCGACGAAGACGAGUUGCUAGAAGGGAAGUUUACAUUUACUGGUGUCACCUAUCAAGAGGAAAAAGACACGGCAGUUGAAGAUGUGGUACUCUUUGAUGAUGAGCAUUGCGAAAGCAGUAACAAAAAAGUUGUCAAAAUACAGGUAACGUCAGCUGAAGAGUGCGAAGUGAACGACAUUUGUACUGGAUACACUGCAAAAACGCCCAGUUCUUCCAAUGAUGAAGUUGAAAAAUGGAAAUCUGCUUUCAGGUAUCAAUCGCCGUGGGAAGUAAAGAGGAUUAAAAUCUACUCUGAUGACGAAGUUAGAAAGGCAAGGGGAAUGCGUUCGGAAUAUUUGAAAUUCUGGAACAAACGAGUAAAGGAAUUAUGUCGACAAAUCCCAAAUGCAUCGAGAAAGAAAAUAACCUCACAAGUAGAUGAAGAAUGGAGGAAAGAACAAAACAACAUUCUAAGUGCAGAAGCAAGCAUUUUGGAAAAAAUCGGUGGAAAGUCGCCUGAAGGACUGAAGCCAGGCACUUUGCACACCAACAUGAAAGCAAUUGACGACGCACGAAGUGAUCUAGAAGCAACCGAAGCAAUGCUGGCAAACAAAGACAUUUCAGCAGUUGAGAAACAACGAUUAAUUGCCAAUCAAAAACGUGCAAGAUCACAUUUGAAGCGUGCCCAGGAAUCCAUGAGAAAAAACUUGAACGCAAAGAAACAAAAAACAGACUGA